AUGAAUACAGCCCCCGGUCCAGCAGGAGACAAACAGUCAAAUGGCACCACAUCCACAUCUCCCACAAACCUCAACCCCACGCCCGACUCCGGCUCCCGCUACGAUAAGCCCAUCGCCGCCGCCCAGAAAGAUGGACUCCCCAUAAUCGACAUAUCUCCCUUCAUGGACCCCUCCUCCUCGCAAGAAUCCCGUUUGACAACCGCCUCCGCCAUAAACGCCGCCUGCAUAAACUACGGCUUCUUCUACCUAACCGGCCACGGCAUCCCCACGACCAAACUCGACGAAAUCAUCAACUUGGCGCGUGACUUCUUUUCUCUACCGCUCGAAGAAAAGAACAAGAUUAAGCGCUUCGACGCCGGCAGCCCAGAAGGAGGCGACGGCGCACGAGGGUACCAGGGGCUGGGCGAAAACGUGACGGGCGGGCUGCAAGACAUGCAAGAAGCCAUCGACUGGUACCGGGACUGGCCCGCCGACAAGAGAGAACCAGGCGAUGGCGGACCAGGCAGCGUCAAGAGCCUCCAAGGAAUCAAUCUAUGGCCCGAGAAACCCGAACAGCUCAGACCCGUGUACGAAGAAUACAUCUCGCGCGUCAAGAAAGUCGGCGAAGCACUCGUGCACGCCAUGGGCGUAGCCCUCGACCUCGGUCCCCCUCAAGAAAGCGCAACAGAAUCAACGCAAGACGAAGAAAUCUUCCUGCGUAACUGCUCCGACUCCUUCUGGGUCAUGCGCAUGAUCGGCUACCCCCCACUCACAACCCCCAUCUCCGGCGACGAAAACAUCGACCAAUUCUCCUGCGGCGCCCACACAGACUACGGUUGCGUGACCCUUCUUCUCACCGACCCCACUCCCUCUUCCCUGCAAGUCCUGCUCAAAGACGGCGCGACCUGGCUGAACGCGGACCCCCUGCCCGGCGCCUUCGUCGUCAACAUCGGCGAUAUGAUUGAGCGGUGGACGAACGGGUUGUGGAAGAGCACGAAACAUCGGGUUAUUCAUAGGGGGGAGAGGUAUAGGUGGCUUUGGGAUGGGUAG